UGCUUCGUGUUGCAGUUAUUCCGUGAAAAAAGUAAACAACAUUCACAUGCAAUUCUUGUUUUAAGUGAAAUUCCGUAAAAUACAGCAGUUUUGUGCUCAUACCCGUUAAAUACUGCCAACACACUAGUUUUUACCGAGGAGCAGUUUAGAUUGGAACACUAUAAACAUGGUUAUCGCUGCUUUUGAAAACGAAAAAAAUCUUCCACUGAACGAGUUGAUGAUUCCGCUGGAUGAAGACGGCAUAGAACGAUCGGUUCCAGCUCUGAACGAAAAGUGGAAAGACUCACGCAUCUUCACACGCUACACUUCGUUCCCGUUCCGCGCCAACACCACCCUGGUAGAGGAAGGUGCCGCUCUGGAGCAAUGGUUCAGCGAAACGGGCUGGUUCGUCAAAGAUAUGGAAUGGUUACUGGGGUUGGAACAUUACCGUUUCUGGUCCACGUUGGUUUACAAUCGAGGCGCCAUCGAGAGUGUCGUUUCAUUUACCCAGUCCGCCGUCCCUUACUACCUGGCAGGAGCGGCUCGCAGCUCACCAUCCGUAUUUCCACUUUAUUCAGCAGCUCAUCGUGCCACCCUGCAGGUCAUCUGUCGGAUGAUAACCCAGCGGGAGUCCGACCGGUGCUGGAUCGGUAAAGAAUUUUUAGGUGAGCUACUGUACAAGCACUACUUGGUAUCGAUUCCGCUGUUGUUCGAUCUGCUGCCGGUGUACGGACGAGACAACAAGCAGGUGCUGACGCUAAUGGUACAGACUAUUUUCAAGCUACAGCCGAAAUACGGUCAAGAUCUGAAAGUUGGAUUAAAGUUUCUGCAGAGUACCUUCAAAACCAUCCAACAACAAAUCGUAACGGAUCGACUCGACGGAAACAUUGCAAGCCUAACCAGGCUAAACGAUCUCGCCAUCUACACGUUAGAUUGCAGCACUGUCCUUGCCCUGCUAGUGGAAUGCUAUCCGGACUGUCGAUCCAUCUGUACCGAGCUUGCCAUGGAGCAAUCGAUCACCAACUUUUACGAUAACACCAUCGUCGUCCUCUACAAAAACAUCCAUGCAAUGGAUAACGAAUCAACCUAUCUGACCUAUCUGAACACGGCCCGAAUGGAACUGCUAUCCGCUUUCCGAGGAAUCGUUAACUUUCAGUUGGAAACUGUUCUAGACAAUCCGCAGCGUAGUCUGAUUCCAGCGGACAAGUUUCUGUGCACUCUAACCGAAUGCCUAUCGGAUCCGGUCUUCGUGAAAGACUACCAACGGCACUACCCGGUCGAGCAGGAUUUGGACGUGCUGAGGCAAGCCUGUCGAAGUGUGGAUACCUUCAAGAUGGACUUCGUCCAGAAUGCAUACUGCUUGGAAGAUGGCGCAAAUGGUCUUAGCAAUGGUUAUGUGGAACCGCUUCCGGAAGACGAUGAAAGUUUUGGUGAAGCAGCGGGAGGUGUUGCGGAAGAUGAACUGGCCGAAGCUGGUCCGAGUACAGCGAGUGGUCCGGUGCUUACACCGGAACAGCAAAUCGAAGCGAACGUUCAGAAGGUGCUGGAUGUUCUUCCGCAUUUGGGUGAUGGUUACGUGAGGAAGAUACUAAGCCGGUACGAUGAUGUGGAGCAGGCAAUUGCGGCUGUUCUGGAGGGAAAUUUGCCGCCGGAUUUGGCGAACGCGGAUCCAACGGAGCCGUACAUUCCGGCGGACAAGUUGGAUACGCUUUUCGUCGAGACCGGCAUUGAGCGGUUGAAUAUCUACGAUGGAGAUGAAUUUGAUGUGUUGGUUCACGAUCAGAUUAAGGGUGUGAUGAAGAAGGGUAAGGGAAUGCCAGGGCAGCCGAAGAACUUGAAGGAGAUGUUGGAUGAUAAGAGCCAUGUUCGGGAGAUGAAGGGUCGCUACCAGGAAUAUACGAACGUGUGUGACGAGUACGAUGAUGAGUAUGACGACAGUUUUGAUGCGAUGGCGGACAGUGAGUCUAAAACGGUACGACUGACGGCAGCGAUGAGGAAUGCUUUGGUUGAUGAGCUGGAAGAUGAUGAUGAGGAUGAUGCGGAAGUGGAGGAGGAUGUUGGACAGUCGGGUGGGAAGAAAACGCUUGAUUUUUGCGAGAAUCCGGAAGUCGUUCGUCAGCGGUACGAGGAAAGUCGGAGAAGCAAGUUUCAAGCUAGACAGGGUGGUUUUGUGCCACCGGGUGGUGGUUCGGGAAAGGAUGUGGUAGGUAAAGCUAAGGGACAAGGGCAGGAUAAGUCCGUUCUGUUGAAUCGAAAACAGAAGGGCGAGCACAAAUCGAGCCGGGCGAACCAUAAUCGCAAGCAGGGAGCUACGUUUAAACGAAAUAAAGGUAUGAUUCCGUCCUGAGGUGUGAAAUGGAAGGGGAGCGCCUGUCGGGUGGAAUAGAGCAGA